GAAGAAGCAGCUAUGCCUGCGUCGUUGCAGAGCUCCGGUGAGUUUCCGGCUGGGUUAAGGGUUCUUGUUGUUGAUGAUGACGUCACUACGUUGAAGAUAAUUGAACAAAUGUCUCUUCGCUGUCAUUAUCAAGUUGUCAAGCAAAUGGAUGUUCAAAUAACACACCUCUAGAUUUUUAUAUUUAGCCCAACUCAUCCUUACAAAACCGGCUUGUAAGGUGAAGGAUGCCCCCCUAGAUUAUUUCAGUCAUUAUCUCUAUUCUAUGCGAGACUUGAGCUUUUCCAAUAGGUGUUGACAGCUACAAACUGUGUGGGGUGGUAGAAGUAAUGUUUGGAAAUGUCAAGUUUGCAAUGGAGGUUGAUUUUGAAUAUCUGUGGUGGCGGAGGGUCCUAAGUGGCAAUUAGAAUGGUGGAGGGUGCAGAGCAGCAGUUGCAAAGGAUGCUAGGUGGUGAUGACAAUUAUAGAGGGUAUUGAGCAAUGAUAGUGGAAGGUGUCAGGCGGAGGUGAUCUGAGAGGGUGAUAGGUGGCAUAUGUCGUCGUGGGGGGAGGGAGGGUAAAGGAAGAAAGCGUGGGUCAUAGUCACUACAUGCUCUGAGGCUACUGUUGCUUUGAAAAUUCUGCGGGAAAGGAAAGGCUGUUUUGAUGUUGUGCUGAGUGAUGUUCAUAUGCCAGACAUGGAUGGCUAUAAACUCCUUGAACAUGUUGGGUUGGAAAUGGACCUUCCUGUUAUUAUGAUGUCUGUUGAUGAUAGGACAAGUACUGUCAUGAAGGGAAUUAGACACGGGGCUUGUGAUUUUUUUAUUAAGCCUGUACGGAUGGAAGAACUAAGGAAUAUAUGGCAGCAUGUUGCUAGGAAAAUUUUGAAUGAAAAUAAGGAACAUGAUAAUUCUGGCAGCAUAGAAGAUAAUGAUCGCAAUACACAGGGGAAUGAUGAUAAUGACAACACUUCUUCUGUUGCUGGUGCAACAAAAGGAAUAGUAAAAGAACAAAAAAAGAGGAGCAAUUUAAAAGAUGAAGAUGUUGAGUUGGAGAAUGAUGAUCCAUCUGCAUCUAAGAAGCCUCGUGUAGUGUGGUCAGUAGAACUGCAUCAACAAUUUGUCAGUGCUGUAAAUCAACUAGGACUUGACAAGGCCGUGCCAAAGAGAAUACUUGAAAUGAUGAAUGUCCCUGGUCUGACAAGAGAAAAUGUUGCAAGUCAUUUACAGAAAUUUAGGCUUUAUUUGAAGAGGUUAAGUGUAGUGGCACAUCAACAGAAUGGGAUGUUAAACACAGUUCAUGGGACUAUAGAAUCCAAGCUGGCUGCUACUGGAAGAUAUGACAUACAGGCUUUGGCUGGUUCUGGCCAUGUUUCCCCUGAAACACUUGCAGCUCUUCAGGCGGAGCUCUUAGGUCACCCGGCAACUAACAUAAUGCCUACAGUGGACCGGACUGCACUAAUGCAUGCAUCUGUACAGGGGACAAAACAUUCUCUUGCUGAUGAUCAUGCUGUAGCAUGUGGUCAGCCUCUUGUAAAAUAUCCUUCCAACAUUGUCAAUAAUUUCCCUCAAUCCAUCUUAAAAGUAGAUGAUUCAUCAUCAAUAUAUGGAGCAUGGCCGCCAUCUAGUACACUCGGGUCAGUCUCAAGUGGAAGGUUAGGCGUUCAGAAUAAUAACACGCUGGUUGAUAUAUUGCAGCACCAACAACAGCACCAGCAUCAGCAAAAACAACAGCAGUCUCAGAUACAUGAUCAAAAUCGAUCAAUCAAUGUUCAACCAUCUUGCUUGGUGGUUCCUGCUCAAUCUUCUAAUACCUUCCAGGCAGUAAAUAGUGUUGCUUCUGUCAACAAGGAUUGCAGUUUUAGCAGAAAUGCCAUUAUUGAUUAUAGUCAAUCAUCACAAAAAUCAAGUAAUUCAUCGAGUUCAUCUCAAUAUCCUGGCGGAGAAACCAGAGCUACCUCCAUUUCUCCUCAAAUAUCCUCUUUUUCAGUAGGAUCCAGAAAUAACAAUAUUCAGCAGAUUCAAAACUCAACUUUAACAUUUGGUGCUGCUAGACCUUUGCCUGGCCUUCUCCCCUUGACACUUAGACAAGUUCCAUAUGAUAUUAAAUCCAGCGAUUCACUUGAUGAAGUAUGUCUUAGGAAUCUAGGAUUUGUUGGAAAAGGCACCUGCAUACCAAGUUUUGAAAAUAAAAUCCAAUCAUCUGCAAAUGAUUUUAGUCAAAUGAAAGUAUUCAUGGCUAGCAAUGGUAACACAGUGAAGGAGGAAUUAGAGGAGGAACCAAGUCUUAUCAGAUAUCCAAAUGCGAGCCAGCCAGUUCUUCAGAAUUAUCCAUCUCAUGAUCAUUCAAGUGCAUUCACUUAAUAGGUUGAAAUGGAGAGAGAAGACCUUACCUCCAAAGGUACAUAUUGUUUCCUCUUUAGUUGUUUAGAAAAAUAGUUGUUAUAGUUCUAUGCAGUAUUGUUAGCUGCAUUCUAGAGCCCAAUGGUGACUCUAAUUCUGUAUAAAGGUUAGUAUAUAUGAAUGUUGGUUUAAUCCUCAAUAGCUGCACAUGUAACUUGGAUUGGUUUAUAAUUUAUAAACUAGUCUGUAGGAAAAGAAAGUUCAUCAGAUUUCAACUGAUUGAACUAAUGGCUUCUUGCUGGAAAAUUGGUAUUUAUAGGGCUUCUUUGUUUAUAAUGUAUAAUGGUUUGUAUUUCAGAUUAACUAUCAACUUCUUCGAACUGUUGGUUACAACUUUUAGUAUUUUGGAUAGAUUACAUUAUUUUGUGCA